UAAAGCAAAAUGGCGCCAAUCUAUGAAAAACAUUUGGAAAACGUUUUAAAAUGAAAGGCUGCGUCAUGGAAAAUGGGUAUAUAAAAACGUUGCAAGCAUUGACAACCCUACAGGGAUCGUUGAACUGUCUUGUUUGCAACACCUUACCUGAAGAGCUUUUCACCCUUGGUGGAUGUGAACACAAAUUUUGCAGGAGCUGUUGUGAGAAUAUUGGUGGGAAUAGUUGUCCAGUUUGUAGUAUUCCCGUGCAUGUGAAGGAUGUACAGAUUAACAGACAGCUGUCCAACCUGGUCACACUAUGUCUGGAACUGAGACAGAUCCUCGACACCGAUGUCAAUUAUCGAGCUAGUCCAUCUGCUUCACAGUCGAGUGUGACUGAAUUAAAAUAUACACCACAGGCUCAUGUAAGAUCAAACUCAUCUGUCAGUUUCCUAAAUUCAUCAGCUGAUGUCACAAAUUCCUCUCCCAGUCUCAGCAAUGUUAACCCGAAGACUAAUAGUCCUAACGCCACUGCAAAAGAGAACAAGUUAAAGUCUGUGUAUGAUUUUGUGAGUUCCCCGGACACUCCAAGAAGACAUAAAGUGGAGAGAGACACCAUCAAAAGAAAAAAACCUGGUUUAGUCACUCGUCAAAGAUGUGUGAACAAACCUCAAACUCAAGCAACUGCGGAAAACAAGGUGCACACCCCUAGAUAUCGAAUCAGAUCGGGCCCUUGUGACCAGCAAACUGUGCUCCUUGACAGAAACAAGUCUGAUACUAAAAGGAGACAUUCUCUUUCGUCACACGUACUUCCGAGAGGAAAGAAGAGAUCGCCAGUGUUUUCUGGGAGUCCACUUAGUAGGAAAAAGAGACCUGCCUCACAGGGUGCUGUCAUUAGUUCACCGUGUGGAAGUCAAGUUAAGAGAAAUACCAAGGGAGAAAGCCCCUUGCAUGUGGCUGCCAUAAAGGGCCAGACUGAUGUUGUCCAACACUUGCUGAAAGAGGGAGCCAAUCCAAACGUCCGAGACAAUGCAGGCUGGACACCUCUGCAUGAGUCCUGUAACCAUGGUUACACGAGAAUUGCGGAACUGUUGCUGGAUCACGGUGCUGUGAUGAGCAUGCCGGGUAUGGAGAAUGACACGCCUCUGCACGAUGCCGUGAUGAACUAUCGGAUUGAGUGUGUGGCCUUGUUGGUGUCGCGAGGAGCCUCACUCACUGCUCGGAAUAUACAUGGCUUGACUCCUGUUGACUACGCGAGGACGGAUGCAAUGAAAGAAGCAUUGAGAACUCAAGUAACAAGACAGGAGACUACCACACAAGAGGUGGACGAAGUGGACGAAUGCCAAGUAUUGUAUUUCACGGCAACAAGCAUGAGCAGAGAUCAGAAGAUUCAUCUUCACAAAUGUGCGUCAAAACUGAACGCCAAAGUUGUUGAAGACCUGCAGCCAGAAGUAUCCCAUGUGAUAACGUCGUGCAAUGAUGGAGGUAUGUGUCCUCGCACACUGAAGUAUCUACAUGCUGUCCUGGCAGGCAAAUGGAUCGUCAGCAUCAACUGGUUGGAUAUCUGUGUCGAGUACGGCAAAGCAAUGCUGGAAGAGGCGUUUGAAGUGGCUGGCUCUAGCACCCACCCAGGCUCCCGCGCUGCUUAUAAAGGAAGAAUGAACAGAAAACAACAGCUUCCUGGUCUGUUUGAUGGAUGUCAGUUGUACUUUCAUGGGUCGUUUGUCUAUCCGACACCGGAAAAAUCUGAGCUUAUCAACCUCGUCAAGUGUGGAGGGGGACAGAUCCUCACCCGAGAACCCAAAGUGCAGAAUCUAGAUGACUAUGAUGUGACCGUCCCCUACCACACGGCCCCGGACGGACCCCUGGCAAACUGUGGACUGUUCAUCAUCUUCGACAACAAUGCUGUGCUUCCGUCGAUCGAGUCGUGUCGGGUGUGUGCAGUCCGGGCAAAUUGGAUCAUAAACAGCAUUGCCACCUUCUCUCUACUGGAUCCCUACUCUAAAAGCUAAUUUGAAAACAUGGAGUAAAUAAGAUACACAGUC